CUUCCGUACUUACUACAUGCUUCUCUAGGGUUUUCCAUCCAACAAAUGCUCCUCCAUUUUCUCUCUGCUUUGAGUUUUUAUUGUCUCCUCAGAAACCAAGUGGUGUGGCUAACUACUAGUAACUAGGAAGGAAGGGAUACAAUUGGAAUUUUUCCUUGGUGAAUUGAGAUGUAGUGAAGACUAGUGCUGGAGUUUCAGUGUCAAGAAAUGAUGAUGAUGACGACUCUACGAUUAUUUGCUGUGCUAUUUAUUUACACUGUUAGUCAAACCUAAGAUUUUUCUCUGUGACGGCCUUCAAUUUUGAGAUUGAAGAAAUAUGGAAACUGGAAGUCACGGUUCAAUGAGGAAAGUGAAAAAUGGAGGACCCAAAGUCCUGUGGGCAGAGCAGUUGAGAAGUAUGAAAAAUGGGUUCAAAAGAGACCAUCAUCAUCCAUCUUGGCAAAUGGCUAUUCAGAGUCAUAUAGAUGCCGCACAUGCUUUGGUACAGUUGGCUAAUGAAGAUCCUAGUCUGCUUCAUGGUGGGUUACGUUCACAUGGAAUGAAGCAUAGUGUGAAAGGGAUUCCAAGCAUAAAGGAUUCGAUGGGGAUGUCAAGGGGUGAUAGUCAUUCGGAUGUGGCUGGGAGAAAGGUUAAUUGUUUGGUAAAGCGUCAGCAAGCUGACUUUGGAGGUUCUAUGAAGGAUGAUGAUGCUGCUGCAGUCUUAGAUUUUCAUUUGCCAGCAGUGCCAUAUCCUGCAGGGAGAAAGCAGAAAAAGAUGAAAAUGUUUAAGAAACUAUCUUCGCUCGUACCAAAAUAUAUGAAAAGUAAUGUCAGUGAGAAGGAUGAUAAUGUGAAUGAACCAUGUCAGUUGUUGGAUAGUUGUGGUCAUGAUAGACUACGCAUGUUAAUGGCAAAGAAACGGAAAAGGGUGGCAGGAUCCUAUUCAAAAAGAGAAACUGUGGAAGUUGCAGCACCAGUAAAUUUACCCUUGAAAAGGCAGGGAUUCAAAUUGCCCGUUCCUACUGUUCAUACCGGAAUUUCAUUCUCCAUUGUGCAUCUCCUUACUGCCAUUCGAAGAGCAAUGGUUGUUCCACAUGCAGAAGAUGAUGAUGUGGUGUAUGGAAAUGAUCAAGGGGUUAGCAAUGCUGAAGGGACAAUUCGAUUUUAUUCUCUCAAAGAUAAAGGCAUUAGCGAUUCUGUACUAACAAAUUCCAAAAGUUUACCUUCUCUCACUCUUAACAAGAUUGUUGAGCAUGUUAGAUCAACUCCAAUGGAUCCUUCUAUUCUUCAAACCCAAGAGCACCUUCAAGAUUUACUCAGAGGGGUUUUGGAGAUAUUUUCAUCCAAAACAGCGCCUUUAGGAGCUAGAGGAUGGAAGCCACUCACUUUCUAUUGCAAGUCCAGUAAAUGUUGGAAAUGGAUUGGUCCCAUCAAUGUUAACUCAUGCAAUGCUGAUGAGGAAUAUGUAUCUUCUAAAGCUUGGAGUCUUCGCCAUAAUGUGCUUGUGAAGUUGGUUGAUUCCUUUGCUAUUUGGUACAAGAGUUUUCAAGAGAGAUUUCGUCAAGUUGGAAGCCUUCCUGCACCACCUUUGAUUUUGAUGCAACCAACACUAGAUGAAAGCGAAUGGUUCAGGGACAUAAUGUCUCGAAAGAAUGCUAUCAGUCCGAACUCUGAAGAAGUAAGAGCGUACUUUCAAAGGGAGGAAGCUUUGAGGUAUUUAGUCCCAGAUAUGGCAUUUUCUUACACAGCACUGGAUGGUCGAAAGUCUGCAGUUGCUCCUCUAACUAGUUGCAGUGGUAAGCCAUCAUAUAGAAACCAAGAUCAUUUUAUGCUUAAAGCUGAUCGACCACCUCAUAUCACCAAUCUCUGUCUUGUGAGAGAUGCAGCUUCUAGAUUGCCUGGAAGUAUUGGUACCAGGGAAGAUGUUUCUACUCUCGUUCGGCACUCACAGUAUAUAGUGGAAGAUGUCUCUGAUGAACAAUUUACCCGAGUUAUUAGCUCUGCUCUGUCUCAGCUGCAAUUUGAAUUUGAUCCAUGCGUAGAAUUUGACAGACACUGAAAGUUGUGGGUUUAUUUACAUGGAGAAAGAGGCGAAGAAGACUUUGAGGAAUAUGGUACCUUAUCUACUUUAAGAAGGAGACGGCAUCGAGACAUGUCAUUGAGCAAUCUAUCUGUUCAUGAGACAGCCCUCCAAAAUAGACAGGAAGAAACUUUCUAGUUAUCUGCAGUAGGAAACAAUCUGGAUGUCAAUUGUGAUACCUUUUUGUCGGGUGAUAGAAAGUAACUACUUUCAUGGGAGCUCAUAACUUCAGUGGUAGAGCUAUGACUGAACUUAUGAGCUCCCAUGAAAGUAGCUGAUUUGAGAUUUCAAUGAUCUAUGUUGUGCAGUCAUUCAAAAUGGGCAUUUCAUUUUGAUACGAGGGUGGCAUUUUAAUAUAAGCUUCUUGCUUGCUUAGAACCUGAAGCAAUAGGGGAAAUCUUUUGUCCUUCGAAAUAUUUUUGCUAAGGUUGGAAACAGUAGAUUAAGCUGAAAGAUGUUUAUGGCGCUCUUUUUGGUUGGGUUAACAUGUGGGAAUAUGAACCACACUUCUUUCUAUUUCUUUUUUUCCUAAACAGAACUUGUAACACAUGUUAUGUUAUAAUGAAAUCGUACUUUCUUGUCACUCAAAAA